AUGAAUUUUCAGGAUACAAAAAAUAUUGACAAGAAACCUGCCACAGUGCCUAUUUCGAUGCCUGUUGCAUGCCCUCCUCCGACAUUCCUUGAUCCGGCAACUGCACAAUAUUAUCAGUUGAUCACUGCAAGUGGGCUCGUUGUUCCGGUUGCCGUCCCUCCUCCACCAACCAUAUCUGGUAUGCAUCUACCUCCUCCUCCGAUUCCUCCUGUACCCGGUGCGCCGUGCACUACUGAUACAAAGAAUAUCGCCGUUCCGCCACCUGCGACCAUCAUGUCUCUGUCUCUUAGCAGCAUACCUGUUCCUCCUCCUUUGCCACCUCUCCCACCGCCUCCGUUCGAACCUGCACCACCUCCUCCGCUUCCACCUCCAGGAUCCGUUACCUCUGAAGUGAACGUCGACCAAACAGUACCUUCUGGGUCAGGUCCGAGUUGCUCGACUUCGCAUUCGCGGUCUGCUCUUCCGAUCCCAAAUGUCUCCGGUCUAAAGAAAAGAGGAUUCGAUCGCCCGACAGUACUCAAUAAGGUUCGAAGGGACAUCGAUCUCUCACAGGAAUGGGGAAGCGGUUUUGUUGAAAAAUAUGAAAUUUUAUAUCAAGUUGGUGAAGGCACCUACGGGCAAGUAUAUAAAGCAAGGGAUAAAAUAACUGGUGAACAAGUAGCGUUGAAAAAAGUGAGGUUGGAGAACGAGAAGGAAGGUUUUCCUAUCACUGCCGUGCGUGAGAUCAAAAUAUUGCGGCAACUUAAUCAUGCAAAUGUUGUAAAGCUGGUAGAUAUUGUUACUGAUAAACUGUCCGCAGCUGAUAUGCGUACAGAAAGAGCAAAUUUCUAUUUGGUGUUUGAAUAUGUGGAUCACGAUCUAAUGGGGUUGUUGGAAGCCUCACAUCUCGUCAAUUUUCACAAUGAUCAGAUACGAAGCCUUUUUAAACAAUUGAUUCUGGGUCUUGAAUAUUGUCAUGCUGCCGGGUUUUUGCAUCGAGAUAUUAAAUGCAGUAAUAUUCUUCUGAAUAACAGAGGAGAGCUCAAAAUAGCUGAUUUUGGUCUUGCGAGAUAUUACUCGUCUGAUCAGGAACGUUUAUACACGAAUCGAGUGAUCACUCUGUGGUAUCGACCACCAGAACUUUUGCUUGGUGACGAGCACUACGGUCCAGCGAUUGAUGUUUGGAGCAUUGGCUGCAUACUUGGCGAGUUUUUCACGAGGAAACCCCUAUUUCAAGGGAAUAACGAAGCUGCGCAACUGGAUCUUAUCUCAAGGGUAUGUGGAACUCCCAGUCCAGCAAAUUGGCCAGAUGUAGAGAAGAUGCCCCUCUUCAAUACACUGAGGAGUAAGAAGCAGUACGUCAGAUGUCUUCGGGAAGAGUUUGCUCAAUUGGUGCCGUCUGGAGCUAUAGACCUUAUGGACAAGAUGCUACUUCUCGAUCCAAAACGGCGAAUUUCUGCAAAAGAUGCUAUUAGUCAUUUUUGGAUUAAGAACUUUGAUUAUUCUACAGUUCCUCCAUUGAGGCUGCCCCAACAUCAGGUUUGCUUAUCGCAUUUUUUCUUUGUGUCUUGCUAA